AUGGCAACUAUAGAGUCUCUCUUGCUUGGUUCUGGAACAAGUCACCCUCCAUCCUCUGCCCUCAACCCAAAGGAAAAGGCAACUGCUGCCUUCCCUGAAAAUGCUCAUGCCUUAAACCCAAGCACAAUCAUGUCUUUUGCACGAGAUCUGGAACAAGUCACUCUCUUCAUCCUCAUCUUUGAAGUUGAAUUGAUGAGAUUAGAGCUGGUUGUGAGUUUGGGAGGAGAUACUAUGCCAGUUUUUGUUAAGACUUUGACAAGGAAGACCAUAAAGCUGGAGGUGGAGAGCUCAGAAAACAUUGAUACUGUGAAGUCAAAGAUUCGCGACAUAGAGGGGAUUCCAUUGCAUCAUGUUGGGAGAACAUAUGUAUUCAGCUUUCGAGCAGAUGAUUGCCUCAUGUGUCUUGAGUCACGCUCCAUAUUACUGCUCGCAGAAGAAGCAGAAAGUGGUGAUGAUUUGCAUUUGCUGCCUGGAUUCACCUCUAAUAAAGGUGCCUGGGUUCACCUCUAA